GCCGCCGCUUCCCUCGCGUCUCUGCGCGUGCGCGGCUCCUCGCCGCCUCCUCCUCAGCCGCUGCCGGGUCGGGACGGGAAGGCGGCGGCCGGGAUGCCGGGCGGCGAGGGCGGCGAGGGCGGCUGGAGCGUGUCGUUCGCCGGCUGCGGGUUCCUGGGCGUCUACCACGUCGGCGCCGCCAGCUGCCUGCAGGAGAGGGCCCCGCACCUGAUCCGCGACGCCCGCCAGGUGUGCGGGGCCUCGGCCGGAGCCCUGACCGGAGCCGUCCUCGUCGGAGGCGGGUCGCUGGGUACGAGCGAAGGGGACGCGCCUGCUCCUCGCUGGUCUCGGGGCCUCUUUCCCCUCAUCGCUGGGCUUUUCUCUUGCAAUUAUUACUAUUCUGUAAUUUUAUUCAUAUUUUAUAAUCAUAUUAUUUGGACGGGCAAACGAGGCAGUAAUAGCAGAACAGUCGUGACAGCAGGGAGAAUAACCUGGUAAUUGCAAUAAUCGCAGCAAAAGCUUUUUUUUUUUUUUAAUUAAAGAACGAAGGAGCGGCCGUGAGCUGCAUCCCGUAGCUUAAUGCAAGGUUUGCUUUUUUUGCACCGGACGUACGGAGUUGUUCUUUUAAUUACGAUUUAUGUAUCCGAUUCGUUAGGCGCUUUUAUGUUGCCCGUGGCAACCCAGAGUGGCUUCCAGCUCAACCAGCCGCUGGAGGGCGUGGGCCAGGGAUAUACUUUAUUGCUUAUUCAGUUUAUUAGGCGCUUUUAUCUUGCCCAGGGGCGACCCAAAGUGGCUUACAGCUCAAAGAAACGGACCCUUGAGGGUGUUCGCCCUAAAUAUGGAGGAGGGGUGUGUGUGUGUUUGUGUUUGAGGCUGUUGAAAGGGGAGCAAGGCUGCAAAUGUCGGAAUGGAAGUGCCCAGAAUCUGGAUCUAGGAUCCGAAGCUCAACUCAGGUCCUAAUAAUGAUGGAGAGAGUAACUCUGAAUAUACGGUGAGGUGCUUGUGCAGCACAGUCUUAGACAGGUGGGAACUUGUGACUCAGCCAUGUCUUCCUUUAAUACAGGAUUGAGCCCAAAUGCCUCUCAUUAGAAAUCAAACACUGACUUCUAAUGGUGGGAAAAGUUAUGCCUUUUUGUGCUCAAUUAACGGAGUCAUUGCUGGGUUGUGCAGUGGCUCGGUUAAUUUCAUUGUACACAUUGACAAUAAAGGUAUUAUUAUUAUUUUCUCUCUUGAAUUGGCAGACUGCCCUUUGUACCUCAGUUUUCGAACGUUUCGGAAGUCAAAAGGUCUUCCAGAACGGAUUACGUUGGAAAACCGAGGUACACAAAUAGUGAAGUCAGCUAUGCACCUGCAAGCAGAUAAAACUCUUGCCAAUUUCCCAUCAGAUUUCCAUUUUAGCAAAGUUUUCCAGCUAGACUUCCAGGAUUUCCCUGCUCUGCACUCAGUCUUUUUUUCCUCACACGCACAGCGGGUGUCUGCCUAGGAAACCUAUCACAGUAACAUACUAGGACCAAGCCAUUGAUCAUCAUGUUGAUGACCUGGUUAGUGGGGUAGAAGUGGAAGGAUCAUUAGGCGCAAGUGAUCAUGCUCUUCUGAAGUUUACUAUACAGCGGAAAGGAGCAGCCAAGCAUACUAGGACUCAAUUUCUUGACUUUAAGAAAGCCGACUUCAUAAAACUUAGGGAAGUGCUGGGUGAGAUCCCAUGGACAGUAAUACUAAAAGGAAAGGGAGUUCAUGAUGGCUGGGAGUUUGUUAAGAGGGAGAUAGUAAAAGCACAACGUCAGGCAAUACCAAUGAGACGGAAACAUGGAAGGUGCCUAAAGAAGCCAGGGUGGCUAUCUAAAGAACUUUUAACUGAGUUAAGAUUAAAAAGGAUGUGUACAAAAAUGGAAAAGGGGGAAACCACCAAAGAGGAAUUCAAACAAAUAGCCAGCACGUGUAGACACAAAGUCAGAAAAGCUAAAGCACAGAAUGAACUCAGGCUUGCUAGAGAGGUUAAAAGCAACAAAAAAGGCUUUUAUGGGUAUGUUCGUAGCAAAAGGAAGAACAAAGAAACAGUGGGGUCGCUCAGAGGAGAAGAUGGUGAAAUGCAAACAGGGGACACAGAAAGGGCUGAACUCCUCAAUGCCUUCUUUGCCUCAGUCUUCUCCGAUAAAGAAAACAAUGCCCGACCUGAAGAAUUUGGAGCACGUUCUUCAGUAGAGGCAUCAUUUCCAGAGCAACUUAUGAGCUAGUAGAAUCAUGGUUGCCCUCCUCUGGACACGUUCCAGUUUGUCAGUGUCCUCCUUGAACUGUGGUGCCCAGAACUGGACACAAUACUCCAGGUGAGGUCUGACCAGAGCAGAAUACAGUGGCACUAUUACUUCCCUUGAUCUAGAUGCUAUAUUCCUAUUGAUGCAGCCCAGAAUUGCAUUGGCUUUUUAGCUGCCGUGUCACACUGUUGGCUCAUGUCAAGUUUGUGGUCAACCAAGACUCCUAGAUCCUUUUCACAUGUACUGCUCUCAAGCCAGGUGUCACCCAUCUUGUAUUUGUGCCUCUCAUUUUUUGUGCCCAAGUGCAAUACUUUACAGUUCUCCCUGUUAAAAUUCAUCUUGUUUGUUUUGGCCCAGUUCUCUAAUCUGUCAAGGUCAUUUUGAAGUGUGAUCCUGUCCUCUGGGGUGUUAGCCACCCCUCCCAGUUUGGUGUCAUCUGCAAAUUUGAUCAGGAUGCCCUUGAGUCCAUCAUCCAAGUCGUUGAUAAAGAUGUUGAAUAAGACCGGGCCCAAGACAGAACCCUGUGGCACCCCACUAGUCACUCUUCUCCAGGAUGAAGAGGAACCAUUGAUGAGCACCCUUUGGGUUCAGUCAGUCAGCCAGUUACAAAUCCACUGAGUGGUAGCAUAGUCAAGACUACAUUUUACCAGCUUCUUUACAAGAAUAUCAUGGGGCACCUUGUCAAAUGCCUUGCUGAAAUCAAGGUAGGCUACAUCCACUGCGUUCCCUUCAUCUACCAGGCUUGUAAUUCUGUCAAAAACGAGAUCAGGUUAGUCUGACAUGACUUAUUUUUCAGAAAUCCAUGCUGACUAUUGGUGAUCACAGCAUUCCUUUCUAGGUGCUCACAGACUGUUUGCUUAAUGAUCUGCUCCAGAAUCUUCCCUGGUAUUGAUGUCAGACUGACUGGGCGGUAAUUAUUUGGGUCCUCUCUUUUCCCCUUUUUGAAAAUAGGGACAACAUUUGCCCUCCUCCAGUCUGCCGGGACUUCGCCUGUUCUCCAGGAAUUCUCAAAGAUGACUGCCAGUGGUUCUGAGAUCACAUCUGCCAGUUCUUUUAAUACUCUUGGAUGCAGUUCAUCUGGCCCUGGAGACUUGAAUACAUCUAGACUAGCCAAGUAUUCUUGUACUGGAACGUGUCCAGAGGAGGGCAACCAAAAUGGUCAAAGGCCUGGAACCGAUGCCUUAUGAGGAACGGCUAAGGGAGCUGGGCAUGUUUAGCCUGGAGAAGAGGAGGUUAAGGGGUGAUAUGAUAGCCAUGUUCAAAUAUAUAAAAGGAUGUCACAUAGAGGAGGGAGAAAGGUUGUUUUCUGCUGCUCCAGAGAAGCGGACAUGGAGCAAUGGAUCCAAACUACAAGAAAGAAGAUUCCACCUAAACAUUAGGAAGAACUUCCUGACAGUAAGAGCUGUUUGACAGUGGAAUUUGCUGCCAAGGAGUGUGGUGGAGUCUCCUUCUUUGGAGGUCUUUAAGCAGAGGCUUGACAACCAUAUGUCAGGAGUGCUCUGAUGGUGUUUCCUGCUUUGCAGGGGGUUGGACUCGAUGGCCCUUGUGGUCUCUUCCAACUCUAUGAUUCUAUAACCAGUGAUUAAACUGACCAAACUUGCCACAAGAUUAUAGGGUAGGGUGGGUACCAAUAUGUUGAUGAGAAAUGAUAUAGAAUCAGUGACCAGUCGUUAAGAGAGUAUAUAUUGGUGUGUACCGGUACAUAUGAAGCUAUCUACUGCUUAGGUUAGGGAUGGGGAAUCUUUGGCCUCCAGAUGUUGCUAGAAUAAAACUCAUCAUACCUAGCCAUUGACAGUGCUUUGGCUGAUGACAGUUGGAGUCCAACAACAUCUGGAAAGCCAUAGAUUUCCCAUAGGUUUGACUAAGGGUCAAACACUUGUGACAAUGCAAUAUUAGAAACUUCCAUUUAUUUUAAAAAAAGGUUUGUGUGUGGUGAUUUUCAUCUCAGCCAUAGGCAGGGAAAGUUUAAUCCUUCCCAUAAUCCCAACAUCAAUCAGUACCAUUACCACUGCACACUAUUGUUAUUAGUUUGUAGUCCUUGUAGACCUGAAGGAACAUCUCCACCCCCAUCUCUCAGCCUGGACAUGGAGGUCCAGCUCUAAGGGCUUUCUGAUGGUUCCCUUACUGCGAGAAGCGAAGUUACAGGGAAUUAGACAGAAGGCCAUCUUGGUAGUGGCAUCCGCCCUGUAGUAUAGAUGUCAAAGAGAUCAACUAUACGACUUUCCGAAGAUAGGAAAUAUAUAGGGAAGCUUGUUCAUGCUUAAUAGUAUAUCUGCAAACCACAACAUUGGAUAUUGGUUAGUUCUUAUACUCACCAAACUAAAGAUACCAAAGAUCCUGAAGGAAAUGGAAGUUCUUAUUAUUCUUCAAUUGAGAAUACACCUAUUGGCAAAUAUAAUUAGCUUUAUUGUUGAAUAAUUUAACAUGGCAGUUCUUACCUUCUUAAAAGAAUUAUGAAGAUGAGCUUUUGUCUCUAUGUAUAGCCUGUACAGGCUGUUCCCUGCUGUUUUUUAAAUUUUGUGUGUAAAUGUAUUUCAGUAUAAUUGGUUAAAAUACAGAACAGCUCAAAGUUUUAGUACAAAGCUUCUUUAUUUACUCAUUACUCUGUUUGCUCCUCUCACAAGAGGGGGAAAACCUAAUAUACCAGAAGGAAUAUGAAAUCCUAAUAUUUACCAAGUGGAGUUAUGCUGAUAUUUGAGGUUCUGGUCACUCUUAGGGCUUCCUAUCCUGCCUCAGAUGGAAGUUGCUGUCAGCUUUUGUCAGUCAUCUUUCACUCCCAACAUUCAAUAUUUAUUUCCAAGUGUGUAAGGCACAUUGAUUUUAAAUGACACAAUAUGGGAGCCUUAUUUAGUUAGCUUUAACUUGAUUUAUCUAAAGCAUCUCCUUCCUUGGUGUAGGGUUUAGAGUGUUGCAGUCAAGGCUUAGGUUACCUUUAAAGUGCUUUUCCUCUUCAGUCUAUGCCCAGGGAACGCAUGGCAAGGUUACAAAUCGGGGUGGAUUGAUGUACGUGUAUUUAUGAGUAUUUCAUUUAGUAUAAGUCUAGAGAUUGGUUAGGAAAAUACUGAUACACCAGCUAACCCAAAUGUGUGGACAAAUAUUUGUGGAUAAGGGAGUCAAAAUAUAUGCCCUGUAACCAGCCCUGGUCAGCAGUCUGACCACAGGCCUUUGGGCCAGUUGAAGUUUCUGAGUGCUAUUCAAAGGCAGCCCUAUGUUACAGUAAUAUUUAUUAAAAGUCAAUCCCUUUCCUCUUGUGCUGUCUCCUAACAUGAAAUGGCAUAAUAGCAUUUUUGUGAGUUGCAGCAUGCUGAAUUGUGUGUGAAAAUCGUAGUUAAGUACCUUAGAGGAUUAAACUCUUAUCCGUUGAAAUGAUGCCUUCACUUUUUAAUUAGUGUUCCAUUUAACUGAAAGAACAUCCUUUCUCAGUGACUAAAUAUAAACAUAUGCAUAUUAGAAAACUUGCUUUGAGCUAAAUUAGGUUUUAUAGUUUGGGGAAGGGUGUUCAAAUUUAGAGCUAAGCAUUCCGAAGGACCUGUUCUCCACAUUUUAUUUUUUAUUUGAGUUUUCCUGCAUUAGUUAAGAAGUUGUGUGGGCGGAUUCUCUUUCACUGUAUUUUCCAUUGCUAAGUAACAGUUAUAAUGGUAUCCCACAUUUAGCUAGAUUUUUCUUUGCAUCAGAUGACAUGAGAAAAACUGAGCGGCACCGGGAAGAAAGACUUGGUUGCUUAUUGCAUAGUGCACAGAAUUUGAUAAGUACCUCCACCUUUCAAGUCCAUGGCCUUUAGUUGAGAGCAAACUAUUAAACUGUCAAAAUAACUUGUAUGGCCCAACCACUUAGAUGCACAGGUGACAAGUAAACAGUUUUCAAGCACUGUGUUCAAAACACAGGGAAAUACAACCAUGGGAAGCUGUACAUUUAAUUACUGGUAAAAACCCCACCCCCAACACUGCUUCCCACCCCUUCCUUAUCCCCAAGUAGGAAAGCCGCUGGUAGAAGUGAUUGGUUUUUUAUGGCUUACUGGAAAAGGAUCAAGUACACCUUCUGUCACUGUUCUGGUAAAUUGUGCACCUUUUAUGGCAUUUUGAUGAUAGAUGUUGAUAGACAGACAGUUUGGUGCUUAAUGGCUGCAGUGCUAUACACCAGGUUUUGGAAAGUGGCUCUUUAUAUACCUUUGGGCUACAGCUCCCAUCAUCUCUGACCAUUGGGUGGGGCAUUGUAGGAACUUCCACAACACCUGGAGUUCCCCAUUCCAGGAAGUUAGUCCUUUUGAGCUCAGUGAGGCUGACUUCUGAGUAGGAUUGCAUAGCUUGGUAAAAUGUACGUGUCAAUUAGAUUUCACCACCAAUAUCAAAAUUAGUAUUUUUUUUUGCAUUAUGAAAUGAAAUAUAAAUUCUAUGCAAAUCUACAUUAUAAUCCAACUUUCGCUGAUUGGUAAAAAAUGUAAUAACUUAUUAUUUAAUUAUAUUCUGUCUGUAUUGACCCCUUCAAGAUGUUUCAGCUCUUUCUGUGCCCUGCAUUAGUAGGUCAAAUUCCUCUUGGAAAGCUGAAUUUAACUUCUUUUCUGGGCAUGAAAUUGAUGAGCAAAGGAUAAAAAGCAGCCCUCAUAAACUGGUAGUAGUAGUAGUUCAUUUGCUGUCUUUUGAUUGGGUGAGGAAAAUAAGCUGAGACUCAGCUGACAUGUGGGACGAUUAGUCCUCUCCCCUGUAGAGAAGGUUACUGCAGGACAUUAACCUAUUCCAUUUAUUGGGCAGCUCUUGGGGAGAGAGAGAGAGAGAAGGAAACGUCUGCUAAUGCCUUUAGAUUAUCAAAGUACCAGCAAUGACUGAUCUAAAAUACAAUAUUUAGAAAAUAGUUUGGGAGUGUACGCUUUUCAGAAUAGUUACACAAGUCCUUGGGCAGAUAGCAGAGUUUGUUUAAUUUGGAAAAGUAUUAUCUCUUCUAAUGAAAUGCUGUUAUUAAAAUGUAUUUUCAGGCCACCAAUGGCAAAUAAAUAAAUCAGUGAAUGGUAAAGAUACCUAACAUACCUUUAGUAUGUCAUGGCCCCAUAUUCUUUUUUUCCUUAUUUACUUAUUACUGUAUUAGAGUUUGGAUACUUGCCAGUUGACUGGUCAAAUAAUGUCAAUUGACUGGUCAAUUCAUUGAGGUCAGAUAUUCCCUGACAGCGAUGAUGCUGUUGACAUUUGAAGAACUGGCCUGCUGUCACAACUUAGCAUAACUACAUUUCAGAAUCUAUUUUUUAAUAGUUGAAAUGACUUUGAUUUUUUGUUUGUUUUAAUCUUGUAACUUCAGGCUGACCCUGUCAAAGAUAGAAACUAUCUGGGAAAUUGUUCACUCACCUAAUACAGAUAAAAGUUGUAAUAAUUUGUUUUUUGAAAGGUUAUAGCUUGUGCUAUGAACUCAUGCUGAGUUUCAAAGGCACACCAUGGUCAAGACCCCACUCCUGAUGGCUCCUUCUGAUCACAAUUUUUUUGUUUUGUGACCCCUGACAUCUGUUUUAACCAAUUUGGUUUCCACAAUUACAUGCAGUAAUGUAUCUUUCAGCUGAAGCUUGUGCAGAUGUUCUGGGUCUAGCCAGAGAAGCAAGAAAGCGAAAUCUUGGCCCUCUUCAUCCUUCCUUUAACGUGAUGAAGAUUAUAAGGGAUGGACUUUGCAAAAAUCUUCCUGAAAACACUCAUCAGUUGAUAUCAGGGAAACUUUCCAUUUCACUUACCAGAGUGUCUGAUGGCAAAAAUGUGUUGGUAUCCAACUUUAAUUCCAAAGAAGAAGUCAUACAGGUAUAUUCUCAUUUUAACCAUGUUUAGAAUAAUGUUCAGAAUAUUUCACAAUUGUCUCAACCUUAUUUUUAAUUUGUUUCCUCAUAUUCAUUUUUAGAACAUUUGAAAAUGGCUGUGUUAGAGCUUUACUUUGGGGAAAUUUUCCUAUUAGAAAUGCAGUGUGCAAGUAACCUUUCUUUUCUUUCUGACAGGCUUUGCUUUGUAGUUCAUUUGUGCCUAUAUAUUGUGGCCUCAUCCCACCUUCGUUUAGAGGGGUGGUAAGUACCUGCUCAUUCUUCCAUACUACAAACCAGCAUGAGAAGGCUGAUGAUGAUGAUAGAAAAGGUGGGAAGAUGUAAAUCUUGCCAUUCUGAUGUCUGCUUUGCUGUGUGUCCUUCAUAUACAUGGCAAAAAAUUAGUUCCAGGACAGCUUCAUGUGAGAGAUAAGAGACUGAAAUGCUGUCUUUACAAAAUAAGUCAUACAAUGUAAUGUAACAGCUGUUUUAAGGAAACUGGAUGUUAAUUCUUUAAAAAUAAAAUCUAUUUGGGGCAUUUGUUUUUAUUCUUCUUGUGCAUCAAUUUGAAGACGGAAGAACUAAGGAAAUAGGAUGCCUCUAUUGGCACACAAUGUAUGUAGGGUGCCACAUUUCAUGAUAUUGUAUGAAGCAGAAGCGUGUGCCUCCUGCUUGGCCAUGUUGUCCUAUUAUUAGGAAUCUGUGAACCAUCCUUGGAAGUUCAUUGUAUGCAAAUCUCUUUAUUUGUGCACUCCAUGGAGCACACAUAUCUCUACAUGAAUAUGUUACAUGGUACAUAUGCACAUAGAUUUAGCAAUACAGACACACAGUAGCUUGGGCUUGUAUGUGUUGGUUGAGAACUGUCUUGCAGAGUACCAGAAGAAGCGAUCUUAAAGAUGAGAAGCUAAUUGUUAUCCUCUUAAUUGUUUUAAGGUCCUUUCUUAAGCAGUGUAUUUCAAGGCCUUACGUAGAACUUGAGGAAUCCUAUUAAAGGCUGCCUGCAUCUUAGUUGAAAGGAAGCAUGGAGAUGUUGAUCUUUGCUAGUGUGGUUUUGCCCUCCUACUUUAGUAAUAAGAAAAGAAAAAUGAUUCAGGUCAAGUAUGUGCACAUUCCAGAUGGUUAAAAAAUAGUGCUAAUAUUCAUGUGAAAGCUUCAUGUGACUUUUUUUUUACUUCAAAAUCAAAACUACAAAGAAUAACAGUCUGUGAUUUAGUGAUUUUUUUUUGAAAAGCCUGCUGAUCUAGAUUUUUUAUAAGUCAUAUAUUCAUCCAUUUUUACUCUUUAAAAGCUGAAAUCCUAUAUGAGGUGCAAGGUAGCAUAUUAGACUAAAUCCAUGGUUCAGGUUAAUCUGGUUGCUUUGCCCUCGUGGCUGGACAAUUAUGUUACCUAAAAGGAUUUAGUUGGGUGACAAACAUGAGACAUGCCUGAAAGCCUACUUAAUUUUAUGAAUUGGCUUUGCUACUCAGUAUUGGCAUAGAAACAAAACUAUAGAAGGAUGUGUGCAGAUCGUGCAGAAGCCUGCAGUUCUCACACGCAAUCCUGACAUCUCCUAUUUGGAAUCUUUUGACGCAGAGGCCCUGAGAGAAUUUGGUGCCCUGAGAGUUAACAAGGACAACAAAGAUAGAUCUAAAUUAAAUUUUAUUGUAUCAAAAGGAGAAUUAGUAAAUAUGAUAAUCAGUAAACAACACACUAACAGUAGGCUAGGUUUGCAAGAGUUUUACAUGAAUAAAAGAGAUUGAGCAGGAAACGAGUGUGAGAGGAGACUGUUGCCUGGAUGAGGGAAGAGAUUGGCUGAAAGGGUGAAGGUGGUACCAGAUGGAAAUGGGUGCUGCCUUGCUCUAGAGAGAGAAGGGGAGGUGGCAAGGGAAGAAGGUAGCUUGGAGGGGUUUGCGGAGCUACAGGAAAGUUCUUUAGGUAAGAAUCUGAAGAAUCAGGUGGGAUACUUUUGGGUGGCAAUGGGUCGCGAGGGAAGGAGAAUAUGAGGUUGUUGGUAUGAGACGGCCAAUGAAGAAGAAAAGGGCAUAGCAAGAGGAAGAAAGAGCAGGUCUGGCUGGGAAACAGGGACCGAUUGGGCUGGAAAGAGGGGGAAAGUAAGAAUUUGGCCAGCUGGCUAACUUGUUAGGGAAGAGAGAAGGGGGGAGGUUCUGAGAGGCUGGGGUUUGCUAUAGUGAAGGUGAAGGGACCUCUUCAGCAACAGAAAGGGAAUAGAGACAGGAAAGGAGAAGGGACAGGUAGAGUCCACGGGAACCUUCCUGUGCAGUGACGUAAGGUAUCUUUGAAACCUGAAAGAUUCGUACCUGUUAAGGUGAAAAGCAUCACCCUUUAUGCUCAAGUUGGACUUAAAAAUAAAAACAAAGACUGCAAAUCCUGUCUUCCUGGCUAUGACCAGAGGUUAAAGUUUUUAAGUGGCACCAGUCAGGAAGAAAUUGUCCUAAGUGUCUGAGAAAUGGCUUCUAAAAUGCAUUUUCAUUGUGCUUUCCAAGUGAGAUAUGGAUCUCACUUUGGCUUAUUGAAAUGACUUGAUUAGUAAUUGUGGGGAGGGGGAGGAUGUGACAUUUGGGGUUAUCAUACAGUCAUUUAACAAUUCUAGAAGGAGUUUGAUGUUGUUUUAUUUAACUUUAAAAUUACAAAUGAUAAAGGAGGGUGGCAGAUAAUUUACAGGAAAGGAAACAGCAGUCAGUAGCUGGAGGUGUCUCCUCUCAGCUUGCUUGAAAUGUGGUCUGCCUGAGUUGCUGUAAUGACUGUAAUGGAGGCUCUCUCUAGGGCUCUCCUGGCCAAAACCUAACAGCUUCCUUGGGUAUAGGCAACCUUAGCAAAAGCUGGAUUUUUAAGGCUCAUUUCUAUCAAGAGUAUGCCCUUUGCUCAAAGUAGGGUGAACAUUGGAACCUUGGUUGGGGAAGGGGCAGGGUGAGAAGAAUGUGAGCCCUAUGAAACACAAAAGAGAGUUGUAUAUUUCCUUCCUAAUGUUUUCACCAGGGCUGAAUUUUGCCUCUUAAGUAUGGUGCACACCAAAAGAGAGCCCAUAACAUUGAUUCCAAUGUUGCAGAAGCUGCUGGGCAGCAUAUAAUCUGGGAUGUGCACCUGCACAUUUUCAGACAUUACUUGCAAUCUUGGGUGCACAAAGCUCUGUUGCUGUUCUGAGCAAUGGCUUGUGUUGGGUCAGUACCUGCUCACAUAUAAUACUACCACUGAAAGGUGUGGCAAGUGGAAUUACUAGGCUUCCUUUCUGAAGUUGAAGAGCAAGUCAGCUAAAUUUUGCUUUAAGCAAAUAGAUUCCUUAUCUUUCUUUCUUCUUCCCUUCCCAAAGCGCUACGUCGAUGGUGGAAUAAGUGACAACUUACCUCAGUAUGACUCAAAAAACACCAUUACAAUUUCACCUUUUGCUGGGGAGUGUGACAUUUGUCCCAAGGGCAAUUCUGCAAACUUCCAUGAAAUGAAUUUCACCAACACCAGCAUUCAGUUUAGCCUAGGCAACAUCUACCGUUUAACUCAAGCACUUUUUCCUCCAGAACCCAAGGUAUGUAUAUUCACUAUUUUCUCUUACCCAAUUGCUAGUUUGUUGGCAUGUAUGUUUAUAUGUUCCUACCAUGGAAUGCUAGACAGAUGCACCUCUCCAAAGGUAUAGUUGUGUUUAAAUUUCUGAAUUUUUGUAUUUAUAUAAAUUUAUAGCCCACCUUUCCUCCUGGAAGCUCAUGGUGACAUACAUGGUUUUCCCACUCCACAUUUAAUCUAGAUAUUAGAGGAUGACCACGCGCUACUUGAGUGCAUCUUAGAGGCACGUUAUUAAAUUCAUUGAGAGCAAUUCCUACUAGCAAGGAACAAUGUAAACGGUGGUAACCCUCCUCAGUUUGCAAUAUUGGGGUGGGAGCUGAGCAAUGAUUGGGGCAGAUUUGGUGCAGUUAAGGUUUGAGGAAGGAGGUGUGCAAUGCUCUGCGGUACAAUUACUGUAGAAUUGUUUUCUUUCAUUAUGAUAAAGUGCUUACUGAGCCUUUUGGUAAUGUGUCAACAGAGUAUUAGCUGGCAUGAGAUGCCUUUCUGUAUGUUGUUCUUUGGGAAUUUUCAAUAUUCUCUAUUUUUCUGUGAACAAGAUGAUGCCUCCCUGCCCCCCCCCCAAAUUAGUCAAAAAUUGGGGUUUGCCUUAUACACAGAUUUAUAUGGGAAGUCUUGAGUGAGCUGGCAGCUCCUGAGUCACAGAGUGCUGGCCUCAGAGCUGGCUGGAGAGGUGAGGCAGUGCCCAGGCAAGGAGGGAGCAUGGCCACAGUGUGAUGCGAAGUCAGGCGCAGGCUGGAGAAAAAGCUCAACAUCUUUUUGGCCGAUUUCCCACAAAACCUGAACAACUGUAAAUACUGAUUUCUUUAUUUUGGGCUCCCAAAAGUAGGGGUUGUCUUAUACAUGGUGUUGUGUUAUACACAGAAAAAUACGGUACUUUCUCCUGUUUACUAGUUUUUUUGUAACCUUAUUUUCAGGUGCUAGGAGAGAUCUGUGAACAAGGCUAUUCGGAUGCUCUUAGAUUUUUGAAAGAAAAUGGUACGUCGCUGUGAUUUCAAAUAUAUAAUAUGGUGAACAGAAUGUCAGUCACAAUGUCGUGCCAGGUCUGCGCAUUUUUGUAUACGGACAAAAGAAGCUGACCAUGGUUGCUCAUAUCUUUGUAACAUCGAGUUCAGAUUACACACUCUGUGUUGGACUGUUUUCGAACAACGUUCAGAAACUUCAGCUAGUUCAAAAUACAGCUGCUAAUAUCAGCUGGAACCCGGCGUAUAUAGAUUCUACAUUGUAGAUGUAUAGGAUCAUCUUCACUGACUCCCAAACUGUUCCUGAACCCAGUUCAAACUGAAUUUAUUCUGCUACUUAUUUAUUAAAUUUAUAUACUGCCUUUCAUCCAUAGAGCUCAGAGCGGGUCACAGCAUAAAUAUUUUCUCCUAAGCAGUUGGAGACUUGGAUAUUGGAAGGAUUCUGCCUUCCCAUGUGAUCCUACCUAUGAACGUAGCUUAUUAUCUGUGUUCACAUGCUGCAGAAAGUGUGGCCCAGGGAAAAUUCAGCAAUGACUACAUAGCAUCUGAGGCAGUACAAUUGUGGCUUCAACUCUACUUGUAUAAGGGAAGUUUGUGCCAUGCAAUGCGGACAGUGUUUUCUAUCAGAAGUGGGUGAUGCUAGACUUGCCAGAGUCUUAUCAUUCCAUCUGCUUAGUAUCAUGUUUUCUCAAUACAUGAUGCAGCUGCUGGUAUCAUGAGCCAUUUUCCCCUCAAGGACUUGGAAGACUAAGGUGACUUUUGGUUUAUAUAACUGUGGCCAUACACUUUGGGAAAUGGGAUAGAUCUUCGUUAGAGAGUUGAGCUUGGAUUUAAGUUUCUUAAGUUCAUUUCAGUGGGUCUAAGUGUAACUUAUUUGGCAUGGCACAAUGGCCUGGGCCUACUUAAUUUCACAGAAAUUACAUUGACUUUUACAAUUACAGGCAACCUUGUGGUUUGUUCUUGAGAUCCAGUAUUUUUUUCCUGAACACACAUGGCUUAGACACUUAGACCAACUCUUACCGAAAAGAUCUAGGAGCAGCUGUAGUUUUAAAGCCCAGUCAGCAACCUGGGGUCUACACUGGUAGAAAUUAUUGUCCUUUUGUAACACUCUUUUAAACCAGUCUUAGUAAAGAAUGCCAGCAUGGUAAAGUUUAUGGCUUGGUUCAGUGUUAAAGCCACCCCAUGGUAUGUUUGGCCACACAGAACAGACUUCUGGCCCAGUGUGCCCUCCUUCGCUCAUGUUCUAAUUCAUUCCAUUCCAGAUAUGUGCAAACCAUGGGUUGUCUCACAAAUGGAAUUGGAACCCAGUUGCAGUCUGUGGUUUGUGCCAUAAUUCGUCUGGUGUGGAUGUUGAGUGAGGGAAUCAGAAUGUUUAAGGUGAAGACUGUUCAUGAUGGCCAAACUAUAGUUUGGUUUUUAGAUUUGAAACAGGCAUUUGGGGUGGGGCACAAAGAAUGCAGUUUUUCCUUUGAAAAUGGGCUUUGCCUGGCCAAUUUGGAGGUACAGAGGCAAUGUGCUAAUUCUCUGCUGUUUGUCAGGGGUAGGAUUCCACUUUUAAGAGAUUUCUAGGCUGACAAUGCUCAUUUCCAUCAGUUUUUCUACUCUUGCGUUGCCCACUUCAGACAAUAUAUGACCUUCUUUCUUCAAGAUUUGAAAGUUUAUACUAGAAGACUUUUCAGCCUAGGAGUAGUGCAGUCUUUAUGCUCUCUUCCAACUCUGUUUUGCAAUAUGGUGCCGGUCAUGAUCUUGAAUACAAAAACACCAUCACAUCAGAAGCUGUUUUUAUUCUAUCUUCCUCAGGUAUACUGUAUGAUUCAGUUUUAGUUGACUUGGCCUUAACAAAGGAAAACCACCAGGAAUGUGUUCAGACCCCAGAUUAUGCUGAUAAAAAAACAGUUGCCGAAAACGAAGCAAAAAAAGAGAUGCAAGAUGAAGAAAUGCUUAUUGAUCAGCUGCAAUUAGCUGCCUGGCCAUUGGAUGGAACCAUUUUUGAGAAUCUACCUCCUAGACUCCGUAAAGGUAGAGAUUUAAAGUAACCUCAUUUUUAUUGUAAAACUAAGUUUCAUUAAAUUACUCCAGUAAUUAGUAAUGAUACUGUCAAUGCAAACAACAUUGGGUAUAGUCCAGCCAGAAUUCAGCACUUGUAAAUCCAACGUGAUUUCAGCGGGAGAACAUUUAGCACAUUCUUAAAUUUCUCCCAUUGAAAUCCGUGGUACUUUAAAGUGUUUGACUUGGGCUGGAUCAUGACCAGUGCUUUUAACUGCAUCUGUAGUGCCUUGUUUCUGUAACAUAGUGAAUUGUAUUAACUCUGGCUAGUUAUUAUAUACUAUGACAAAAGUUUGUUUUUCAGUUUAUUUUUGCUAAUCAUCUUUACAUACUUUAAUCUUAUGCAUAAAAUAACUGAGAAACCUACUGUUGCUACUUAUCAGCGGCAUAGCGUGGGUUGCUGGUGCCCGGGGGGGGGGGGCAAGCCACUGAUGCUGCCAGAACAUCCCCCCCAACCAGAGCCAAGUGGGGCUGCGUUGCGCAACCUGCCCGCCCGCACAGGGGGAAGCCUGGCUGGCCAAUGUGGCUCUUGGGCCAAUCCUCUUGACACCUGCAGAGAAGAGGGCCAGGCCAGGCUGCGCUGGGGUUACCCUUGCCAGCCUCCCUCUGCCUGCACCUGCUCACCCUGGGCUGCUCUGCAGGAAUCCCUACAGAAGCCGGCGUCUGCAUGGGGGUACCUGGUUGCGCCCCUCAGAAUUUUGCACCCAGGGCCUCGGCCCCCCAGUCCCCAUGAUACUUAUAACUGGACAAAUAAUAAACAUUCAGUACAGGAGUAUCUGGAAUACUGUGCAAAUUGAUUUAGUAAAACAGUUUAACUAAGAACUUGGGUAUAUAUUUGUGCAUCACAGAAGAGUCUUCUUUGGCCACCUUUGAAUGAAAGUUAUUAAUGUUGGAUACUAACUAAACCUUGGUGCAGAUGUGGCUUUCUGGGUGCACAUGGAGAAGGAGUGUACCUAUCAGACAAACUCUAACACAGCAAGUGGGGUGAGGAGGAGAGGGAAUAAGCCAGGUGGACUAAUUCCUUUCUCUUCCUUGCUUGACACUUGUCCCUCACUCAGCUUCCUGUCUUCCAUGUUCAGAAGAGUUGGAGUUUUAUUCUAAGGCUGUAAGGAAAGAAAAACAAGUAAAUUGCAAGGAGAAUUAUCCAGUGAAUAAGCUGUUGAAUAGAAAUCUUGGUUGAGUUGUGCUAUGAGUGAGCAAAAAAUUAAUGUUUUUUCAAAGCUUUUGAGGGCCAAAAUGCAUUGCUUUUUCUGAAUUAAAAUUGUGGAAAAAUGUAUUUUUAUAAUACAAAAAGGGUUUGAGUGUAAGAGAGUAAAAAAUUCCUGUUCUUGGAGGAUCCACCCCUGGCUUUUUUCAUGAGUCUGUUCUGAUUGAAAGGAAGGAAACUUAGAAUAAUGAUUCACAGAACACAGUGAGCAGCCACUUCUGAUUGUAUAUCGACUGCAUGAGGAAUGCUAGGAUAAUCAGAUUGUACCUGAAGCAGACUUGGUGGAAUUAGAAGCCGACUGAACAUUACUGAAAUUUAUACCAGCCAGAUGGUGAUGAACUGGCCCGUAUGUAUAUAGGAGAGUACUAGGUGCAUUUAGUUGAGUUCUGUCAUGAGAAAGCCUGUUGUGGGUUAUCUAGCAUGAUUCCAGGCAAUGCUUCAUCACUCUUGCAGAAUCUAGAAGCCAUUAUGUUCAUGUUCAGUUGAGAUUAAUGACUGUAUAAAUGACAGCGUUGCAGGAGGCUUGUAAAGAGAAAUGUGGACUCUAUGCUCAGCUUUCUAAAUUUCUACCAAUGCGACUGAUGUCCUAUGUGAUGCUGCCGUAUACUCUGCCAGUUGAGUCAGCAUAUUUUGUGGCCUUAAGGUGAGUGUUAAUCAUGGAAGUCUGCCCUUGUUGUACUAGUGUUUUUAUAUAGCACAUUUUCUAAGGGCUCACAAGCCUUACAAUAAUUCUUUUUUAAAAAAAAAUCGUAUGUAUUCCAAUUUUCUUAUAAAAAUUAAAUCCUGCUAGACAGGAAAGUAUUAUCCCUGCAUUGCACAUGGGAUGGAAUGAAUGAGUGGAAUACUGCUGAGAGGUAACAAUAUAUUUAGGUAACUUUUGUAGUCAUGGCUAAAGUUUGAUUGAACUGGAACUUCCAGGCUCACAGCUUAACCACUAUAUUAUUCUUAAAACGAUUAACUGAAAAAUAGUAGAUAUAUUUUCUUUUCCAUGUGUGCUUUUUGGGUUCAGUUUCAUAAACUUGGAGUGUGCAUGAAGCGUACUUUUAAAACCCUAUAUUUAUUUGGUGUGUAUCUCCAGAUUUAACUGAGAAACUGGCUGCGUAGGGAACUCUGUUCAAGGAGUUUGCAAUGAUAAAGGCCCUUUAAAACGUAGCAGUAAUAUUUCCAAACCUGCUGUAGAGAAAAAACUAAAAAUUAAACACACAUGCGCUGUGGUGUAAACCACUCAGCCUAGGGCUUGCCGAUCGGAAAGUCGGUGGUUUGAAACCCCGCGACGGGGUGAGCUCCUGUUGUUCGGUCCCAGCUCCUGCCAACCUAGCACUUCGAAAGCACGUCAAAGUGCAAGUAGAUAAAUAGGUAAAGUGGCUUUAGUGCAAGUAGAUAAAUUGAUAAAGUGGCUUUAGUCAUGCUGGCCACAUGACCCGGAAAAACUGUCUGCGGACAAACACAGUCUCCCUCGGCCUGUAAAGCGAGAUGAGCACCACAACCCCAGAGUCAUCUGUAACUGGACUUAACUGUCAGGCGUCCGUUAUCUUUACCUUUUUAUUGUGUUUAAUUAUAAACCACCCUGAGACCUGUGAGUAUUGGGCAGUAUAUAAAUUUAGUCAAUAAAACAAGCAAGCCAGCAAGCCAAGUUUUAGGUGGGGCAGAUUAACUGAUGUCAAUAAGAAGCAUUAGUAGAAUUGCUCUCCUGCCUCUCUGCCCAGAGUCCUUCACUCCCAUAUGGCAUUUUCUCAAAUCAGGGUUCUGCCUGAAACACUAUUAUUUAUUCCUUACAGAUUAGUAGACUGGUUUCCUGAUAUCCCUGAUGAUGUACGAUGGAUGCAAGGUCAGCUCUGUCAAGUUGUGGGCACAGUAUACUCCAAAGCAAGAAAAAGAUUACUGAGUAUUCCCAGGUAUAUCUUAUGCUGCUACAUGCUUCAUGCUGCACAUUUGUUGGUCAGGUGCAGACAUAAUAUUUCAAAUUGCUUAAUCAUUGUGAGUGUGCUAUGGAUCUAUCCACUCCCUCUCAAUCAUUCCAUGAACACCCAUUCCUUCUCUUUUUGUUGGUAGCCAUGGUUUAGUGUUAUGUUUGCAAUGAAAUUAACACUGACUGUGGUUUAAAGUAGAUGUGACAUUAAAUGUAAGCAAUUCACAUGCUAUUGACUUUUUAAAAAUCUUUUAUAUGGCACAAUUAAUCCAUUUUAUUCUGAUUAACAGCUCUAGUAUUAGUUUUUGUAAGCUGUACUUGCCCCUUGUUCUUGUGAUUCACUUCUUCUUUUAAACAAACUUCUCUCCCUCUGCAUCUCUUACUUUUUAAUGUUUUAAUUUACUUGCCUCCUUCUCACAACUUUAGCUCUGUCUCACUACAUUAGAGUAUCAGUGCUCUGCUCAUCUGUCUGCACUAAAAAGCUGCUCAUCUGUCUGCACUAAAAAGCUGUAGGAAAUGAUGCAGAGCAAAAGGCAAGCAGUCAUGCAAGUUUCACUACCUUUUUUAAAAAAUGGGGCUACUUUUUGUAUAAGAAAUGUGUAGUAUUUGAGGCAUACCCAAGAAUAUUAAUUGAUUUGUGCAUGCAAGCACUGUGAAAUACAGGAUUGCACACUCUUGGAAUGUUACAAUUACUGGUGUCUUUUCAAAACCCUCUUUCUACCCCUGUUCUCAGCCAUGGCUGGAGUAUGUGUUAAGAUGCCACCCACUCCCCAUUUUAUCCAUUAGCAAAAACUUGGAAUAGGUUUAGACAUUUUUGCUAAGGAAAUGGUAAUUUGAAUAAAAUCACCAAACCAGGAAUGACCACAGGAAAGAAUUGUUUGGCUGCUUCCUCUCCCCAUCCCUACCUCUCUCCUUUGCUAGCAUAAAAUGAAGAGUAGCAAAGAGUCGUGAAUUACAUAGAAAACUAUUAAAGCUAAUAAAUAGAAACUUAAAUAGCAUGAAUGAAAUUCUAGUUAAAUCAGAGUUGUUUAAUUAAUUGACACAGGGUAAUCCUAUACAGUGGUACCUUGGUUCUCAAAUUUAAUCCGUUCUGGAAGUCUGUUCCAAAACCAAAGUGUUCCAAAACCAAGGCACGCUUUCCCAUAAAAAGUAAUGUAAAAUGGAUUAAUCCAUUCCAGACUUUUAAAAACAACCUCUAAAACAGCAAUUUAACAUGAAUUUUACUAUUUAAUGAGACCAUUGAUCCAUAAAGUGAAAGCAGUAAUCAGUGUACCGUACUAUAAAAUAAAUAAGACAGUAUUGUAGAUGAUAAAAAUAAAAAUUAUUAUUUUUUCUUAACUACACUGAUGAUAGUCAUUGUUUGCAUGGGGGGGCUUUUAUCCAUUUCCGUAGUCACACAGUCAAUCAAUCAGUAGCUGAACUGGGUUCCACGCAGUCACAAAAAUAGAUUAACCGAAAAAGCCUCAAAAACGCAAAAUAAAUAACAAAAACAAAAGUGCCAAACUUAAUCCGUUCCAGAAGUCUGUUUCAUUUCCAAAAUGUUCAGAAACCAAGUCGCAGCUUCUGGUUGGUGCAGGCGCCCCAGAAACAAUAGCUGACAACUUCAUUGGAUGUUCGGCUUCCAAAAAACGUUCGAAAACCGGAGCACUUGCGGGUUUUCGGUGUUUGGGAACCAAGGCGUUUGAGAAUCAAGGUACCACUGUAUAAAUAUGUUUUCAGUGAAUAUUUGUGUUUUUUUUUUAAACCUAUUCAGUCAUUUAUAGCUGAUUGGAUGAGGAUGGGGAGCAUAUUCCAUCUUUAUAUAUGAUAAAAAUCAAAAGUUGCUGAAGAGUCACUGAGAUUUAUUCUUCUUUUUUACAGCAAGGAAAACAGUGCACUGAUUAGAAAGUGUCAGAGUGCCCCGCUGAACACGAGUCUUCACUCUUCUUACUGCCCUCCUAAAAUGCCUCAUUCUUCCACACACCUCGAAGAGUGGCUUUUGGAUCUUCCAUACUGUGAGGACUUGGUUAAGAAAGAAGCUGCAGUGGGUGUAAAUGAAAGCUUGGACUCCAUGCCUCCCUUUUUUAUGAGCUGCGAAGAAUCGGGAGUGGAAGUAGAUUUUGACUCCUCCUCCGAAAAGAGUUUCCAGACUGCCUGUGAGGACUAGCUUAAGAACUGUGGCAUAGACAAAGAAAUCUCAGUCUUGGAGGCAUCAGUUUAUCUAGCAGAUUGCCAAACAGUCUUUUGGAAGACUGGCUUACACUAGAUGACAAAAUGCCUUCGAGGAAUCUUUUGUGGAAAGAGAAAUGUGCUGUUCUGGUCCGGCUUCCUGAUAAUGACUAAAGGAUUAAGAAGACCCUAGUGCAAUAGAACAUGGUUUACCCAAACAAGAUUUUCGGCAGGAAAAAAGUGAUUCAAGUCUUCUGAUUUCUAUUGGGACAAAGGAUUUUUAGCAAAACCACUUCGUUUUAAAGUAUUUAACUUUUAUAAUAGUCUUUUUCUUGUUUGUCUUCAUAUGUGGCGUUAGCACUUGAGCAAAAUCAAACUGUGUGUAUUCAGAUGACUAUGGCAUAGAGGAAUUUUUUGGAAGGCCUCUGAAGUUUUACUUGCCUUAUGCAUGACACUUGUUGGAAUUGUUAACAUCAGUUACACUCCUUAUCGUAAGGCUUCGUUGUUUUUCAGAAAGAUAGUAUUUAGGAGGCAUUGUGUGUGGAGGAGAAGCCACAGGUGUAGUUCAGAAUUUAGUGCAAUGCACAUGUGCCACUCCACACCAGAGAAUCCUUAUGGGCUGAAUUCAAUCCCAAUAAACAAUACUUUAACAAUGUUUUACAGAAGGUAUCUAAUUGUAGACCAUUUUCUCUUAGAGAAGGCAGUAUUGUGUGGAUCAAUGGAAGUAUCAGCUGCAGAUGCCAUCGAGACAUGGGUUGAAUGAUUUACCUAUGCAAAUAGCCGAGAAGUUACAGUGUGAUUUGUAAUUAAUGGAGCUUAAAAGCUUCUUAUUAUUUCUUGUAAUCAAGCAGCACUGGAAGCUUUUGAAAACAGAUUAAAAUCUGAAAAAUGAACUGUAUAUGGCUUCCCUGAAUUAAUCACAGAAAACAUUCUGUUCUCCGUUGCACUAAAUUCAAACCAUUUUAGCCCAGUCUUUACUAACAAAAAAUGUGCCAAUAUGUUUUUUCAGUUUUAUUAUAGGUUAGGUCUUAAGUUGCCUAACACGUGAGAGCUGACAGUAGUGCUGAAUCAUGAAUAAGCUACUUUUCAAAUUGUUUUAAUUUUAGAAGUACAUGUGUUAAGAUAAAUAGCCUCUCUGAAAUCUGGAUACCAUAUUUGAUAGUGAUGCUUUGAGUAUUCCUUGCCCACCAUUAUUCAUCACUUUAAAGUGACAAGGAUACUUAUUUAUGGCACAGGAUUUACAUUUCAUUCUCCAAAAUGGUAAAUGAUGAAGAAAUGCUGGUCCCAUAGGCUGUUGAUCACCCUCCCCUGGCAUGGCACUUGGAGGACUGGUCUGCACUGAUGCUGUCUUAGCAUAAUGGUCUAAGAGUCAGUCAAAUCGAUUUUGGCUUGGGAGUCUGUGUUAGUAAUGAGGUGGCUUAUAUUUUGACAAAAAUCAAAGCCUUCAUAAGAAUGGGAAGUCUUGUGUGUAUUUAUUUUAAGUACUGACUAUGGGCAAGUUUAAUUUUGACCAAGCGUUUAGCAGUCUUUCAGCUAUGACUUUAUACAGUGAAAACUGAAGGAAGUGCUGUUUUUAGAAAAACAACAACGAAGCUACGUUUUAAAGUUUUAACAUUGCAAAAACUUUCUUAUUUAUAUCCUUGCUGGUGCUAUUUCAUUCAAGAUAUAGACAUAAAUGAGUUAUUUUGUGUGAUCACUGAUUGUAUGCUUUAUCUUGAUUGCAUUUCCAAAAUGGGCCAGAAUAUUGUUCCAAUCACUACUGUUUAUAUAAAGCAGCAAAAUAAAGAGACAAAAAUGUUUUUGAUGUCUGCUGUUUAUAAUAGCAAACUGAAUUUAAGAUAAUUGUGGUUGGAAGGAGGGAGCUCAAGGAAUAUAUUGUAUUGUAAAAGCAGCGGCUUCCAAUUUUUUUUUUUUGGCCAGUGCCCUCUUGGUUCCAUAAACUCACCCAUGGUGCCGCUUACCUUACGCUAUAAAAAGCAUUAUUCAGAACAGUGAUAAAUUCAAAACAGUAACAGUUAAUUGUACAUUUAUUCAAAAUCCAAUUAUCACUAUUUAGUUUAACUAAUUCAACAAAAUUAUUGAACCUGAUCCAAUGAUACCAACUUUUCAAAGGCUAUUAGUUAUUUACAUCACCAGAAUCCCUCCUGCUGCCCCCCCCACAUAACCCCCCCCCCGCCGCCCACUUUGGGAACCACUGCUUUAAAGUUUUAAAGUCUUUUAACGAGGUUGUAUAUUUAAGCUAUGGAAUUACAAAAAUUGAAGCCUGUAUUUCUGCUUGUACCAUUGUACUGAAGAGCCAUUGAAGCCUCUAUGAGGCUUCAGAAAAUAUUUAAAGAUUGGUCCCUGCUGUCGCUGGCAAGACAUCCUUCUCCCGCUCCGUUCACUGAAAUUCAUAAUCUUAAAUGAAUCUUAAAUGAAUAAUCUUAAAUGAUUUCUACCUCCUGUUCUUAUAAAUUAUAUAUUUUGAAAAUGAAUAGAAAGCUUAAAAUUCAAUAUUCCAAGGUUUGUAUUUCUUCUAUGGAGUGGCAAUAUUUUUGAGAUUUAUAUUCUGCCACAUUAUUCCACAAGACAAGGACAUCUUUUACAUGGGAAGUAUCUCUUGUAGCCUUUGUGCUCCAUCUGCGGUGGUUGGAAAAGAAUGUGUCUGGCAGGGAUAAAGAUAACAGGUGGAGAUGUUGGGUACAAAGUAUGUAUGUACACACCUUAAGGGAUUACAGCUGUACUGCAACAGCUAUCUCAAGCAGAGCCCUUGGGUCCAGAGUUCUUUUUCUCAACUUAUCUAAAAGCGAAAUGUUUUUAUAGUUACAAUGUAAAUUCAGUGAGGCUAUGGAAAAUGUCGUUUGGUUUUCAAAAAAGUUUUUUCAGUCUGUUUGGCUGGCAACAUUAAACUACAAUACUUGC